CAUGGCCGCUAAGUCGGAUGGAGCAGCGGUGUCUGUGGAAGAUGACAACACGCCCAGGAGCCUCUCGGAGCCGGGGAACCCCGCCGCCCGGCCCCGCUGCAGCGCCGCCGGCGGGAAACCCUACACCCUGCUGGACUGCUGCUGGGUGCUCUGCGCCCUGCUCGUCUUUUUCUCCGACGGCGCGACCGACCUGUGGCUGGCCGCCGACUAUUACCUGAGAGGUGACUACUGGUGGUUCGGCUUGACGCUCGUCUUCGUCGUGGUGCCCUCCGCUGUGGUCCAGGUAUUGAGUUUCAGGUGGUUCGUGUACGACUACUCGGAUAUGAGCUGCGGGGACGGAGCAGCGAGCGGCAGCGGGACCGGCGCGGCGGCGGCAGGCGCGGCAGGCGGAGCAGCCACGGCGGGCGACAGCACUUUAAGCACCAAGGACAGCGACCAGCGCGGUGGGAGCGCGGCGGCGGGGAACGCCGCGAAUGCUACCCCGGUUUACACAUCCUCUGCCCCGCCUGCGACGGCAGGGAGAGUCGAGGGCCCCUCGAGGUGCUGCGCUGUCUGCAUGUGGGUCUUUCAAACCGUGCUUCACGUCCUGCAGCUGGGGCAAGUCUGGAGGUACAUCCACGCCCUCUACCUGGGCGCCCAGAGCCGUUGGCACAGCAAUGGGCCCAGCCGCCACUUCCACUGGCAGCUGAUGUUUGAGAGCGCCGACAUCACCAUGCUGCGCCUCCUGGAGGCCUUCCUGAAGUCGGCUCCGCAGCUCGUCCUCCAGCUGAGCAUCAUGAUCCACGGAAACACCGUCCUCCCUCUGCAAGGUCUCUCGGCCUCGGCCUCCCUGGUCUCUCUGGCCUGGAUGAUCGCCUCCUACCAGAAGGUUCUCCGGGACUCCCGCGACGACAAGCUGCCCAUGUCCUACAAGGCCGUGAUCACCCAAAUGCUGUGGCACUUCUUCACCAUCGGGGCGAGGACAGUGGCCUUCGCCCUCUUCGCAUCCGUCUUCCAGCUCUACUUCGGCAUUUUCAUCGUCAGCCACUGGUGCGUCAUGACCUUCUGGAUCAUCCAAGGUGAGACCGACUUCUGCAUGUCCAAGUGGGAGGAGAUCAUCUACAACAUGGUGGUGGGCAUCAUCUACAUCUUCUGCUGGUUUAAUGUCAAGGAGGGGCCCAGCCGCUUCCGUAUGACCGUCUACUACUCUGUGACGCUGGCUGAGAACGUGGCACUGACCGCCGCCUGGUACACGUACCGCGGCCCCCACACCUCCGACUCCUACGCCCUGGUGGUGGUAUGCCUGGUGGCCUGCAGCUUUGCCCUGGGAACCUUCUUCAUGUUGGUGUACUACUGCUGGCUGCACCCCGAUGGGCCCGUUCUGGGCUCACAGUGGGGAGGGUGUGUGGAUGAGGGCGCGGUGGGUGCGGGAGGGGUAGCAGGAGUGAUUGAUGCUUGUCUCACCCCAUCCCAAGGGUCCCAAACAGACAUGGUCAUAACCAGCCCUCCAAGGACUCUCCCCAGGACUAAAGACACAGGGGAGCCGGUUCCCGGAGAGCGCGACAAGGACAGGGACAGAGACAGUUGCCUGCCUGUCUUCCAGGUACGCCCCUCUCCGUCAUCCUCUCCUGCACUUCUUCACAGGACCUCCUCACAAUGCCGGGCACAGGAGGGCCCCGUGAUCCGAAUCGACCUACCGAGGAAGCGCUACCCGGCCUGGGAUGCGCACUUUAUCGAUCGGCGCCUCCGCAAGACCAUUCUGCUUCUGGAGGCCACCUCAGCCACCAGCCCGAGGAUACAGUACAGGAGUAGCAUGAUGGGCAGCAAAGAGGUUUUAGAAUAUGAGACAACUGUUUAAGCCAACAGGGGCUCUUAAACUUAAAAGUGCAGUCUGGGACCAAGGCUGAGCCUGAGAUCAGUUCUCAUCCCAGGACUACCUUCACCAGGAGAAGCAUGGAGAGAAGACACAGAGUGUCAGGCAGCUCCUUUUUUCUAAAAGAGGUUGUCAAAACUUGAUUGUAAAAUGUGAAGCGCAAUCUGGGACCAAAGCUCUCCCCUUAGGGCGCAGUUCGGGAGUACGUAGCAUGAAUGAGCCGUGGGAAGUGAAAGAAGUAACACUGAACUGGGAUAAUCUUCGUCUUUUCUAAAAGCUUGGAGGUGAGAAAUUUAAUCUCUCAUCCUGGGACCAAGGAGUGUUAGAUUUAGUUUCAUCCUGCAUGGUCAGAACAAGAAGUAAAAGGAUUUGAGAGCAACAAAGUUGCGCAGUUUGAGAUAAUUGAGAAACAGUCUGCUGCAUGAACUUGAGUCUUGGACCCCGGAGACUCAACAGAGACUUACCAGGGAACUUUUAGAGAGACUGGAGUUUGUACGGGACAUGCAAUCGUUUGGUUUGGUAGCAAAUUAGACACUGACAGAAAAUGGGGACUCACUAGCUCAUAAAUUUUGCUUUAGUGAUUUGCAGGGCAAAAGACGUCCAGACAUCUAGGUUAAAACUGAGCUAAAUUUGGUUGAAAAGAUGUGUCUAGGUUUUUAGAGAUCUAGGUUACAUAUAAUAGGUUAGACAUGUUUCAACAGCACUUACAUUUGUGUAUUUCAGUGAAGCAGGACAUAACUACAGGUUGAAAUAUAUUAAAACUGUGAAUGAAACAAUGGUUAUUUUUAGCUUAGACGUCUCACUUUUUAGCCACAUUUAGCCCAGUUUUAACCAAAACAUCUAGAUUUCUUUUUACCUUUAAUUCUUUGCAAACUGAGUAUACUUCAUAUUGUAGUAAACUCAGUGACUUAACAGAGUAUACAUACAGUAAAUAGGAAUUCAUUUGUUUUAGCAAAGAAACAGAGAGGAAGCAUUUUUCUUUUUCCCAUACCACCAUGCUUCCAAAAGGUUGCAUGUCCCUCACAAACCUUGGUAACCGUCCUUUAAGCAUUCUGUCCGUGGUGUCUAAAGAGAAAUGUUGUCUCGUUCAUUUGGCUCCAGUCUCAUGGGAGCACGAGGACCCAUCAAACGUAGGCUCGCAAGUCCACAUGGUUUCUGAAAUGUAAGCCUGAGAUACAAGUGAAAACAGUCACCCAUUCAUAUGUGAUACAGAAACAGCCAUAGCAAAAGUCCCGCUGUUUACAUCCCAGCUGCUCUGUCACCCCCCCCCCCCCAACCUGAGAAAGGACUUGUUUGGAAAAAUCAAUCAGGACAGGAUGUAAGGUGGACGACUUCUGCGAUGGCUACCACCAUAUGGCAUGCCGUAAUUCACCACAAACAGGCCUGUGAUGUACAGUCGAAUAAAUACAGAUGUCAGUUAUAAGCUAUUAUAAUAAGCUGUAGUUAGGUGAUGAAUGACUUUUGGAUGAAAAAGCUUCAUUUACUCGGGAGAGUCUAAAUGUUGUCCACUUUUCUUGGAAUACAUACAAUGUAGGGGUAUGAAGGGUAUCAUGAGCAACCUCAUUAUGCUAUGAAAACAUUUUCCAGUGUUUGGUUUUUGGGGAGAACAUCAGCUGAUGACAAACGUCUCUUAACCAUGUCAAUAGACUUUGAAUCCUCGAGCAGUUUGUUGGAAUGUGAAAACACUAGCGCUCAUCCAGUAAACGGUUAAUACACAUAACAAUAUGUGCUCAAAGCAAAUUGCUAACAAAAACUCUGAGAUGCAAAGCACCAGGAUUGUUUUUGCAGGCUAGCUAGUUAGCAAUAGCUGCUGUUUCUUGUUUCAGAUGGGACGUUGACGUGGGUUUUAGGGCUGGGUAUUGUUUUAAAAAAUCUCAGUACCAGUAUCAAUACCUGUAUCCUUAAAGUGAUACCAAUACUGAUAUUGAUAGAGUACUUCAUUCAAUACCCAAAAUGUAAAAUGAGCAGUGUGUAGUAUCGCCAUACUUUAGAAUGUUUUGGUUGCAUCUCGGAUGGAUUGUAGCUGCUGCUGCAGGAGUGUGAGCUCCAAGGUGGGGACAGAGAGUCUGACUGUACCCUCACAGUGACAGGGUUAUCUGUUAGCAUCACAUAGCUGAUGUUACCUGACAGGUUUAAUUACCAAGUUGAGCCAUUUUGGCAUUGGUGUGAGUUUGUUGGGACUGUUAAACAGCUUGGUGUUGCAUUUUAGCUGCUGCUGCUGUUUUAGCUCGUACUGAGCUCCAGAGAUGGCAGCAACAGAAAGUUUGCUGAUCUGGAGGAGAGCCGGAACGUUCGGGAGUCAACACCCCUGCGUGAAAAGGAUCAGAAGGAGGUGUUGUGUGAGUAAAGACGUCUUGAUACUACUAGGCAUUGGGUUAUUAUAAUACCACUAUAAAUACCUGUACCCUUAAAGUGCUACCGAUAUCGAUUGAGUACUUCAUUCGAUACCCAUAAUGUGAAAGGAGUGGUGUG